AUGGAAGAAUUGUGGAAGGAUACAAAUAUAUUUUACAACGUUUUGUGCUUUCUGAUCACCGAGAAUGAGAAGCUUUUUGAUAGAAGCGAUUCAAAUUUGUAUUGGAGGACUGUUUUUCAUAUUUUUGGCAUUCUACAUCACACCUACGUAGGGAUUUCUGGAACAACAUUUGGCAUUGAAAAUAGUAAAAUACCCGAUAUUCGUAUGUUAUAUACGUAUCGUGCUGGAUAUCUAACUGGGUGGAACUUCGUCUUCCAAACGAUUUUUCUUGGAAUAUCUCUUACUCAUGACGUGUUAGAAUGGCUCGAUAAGGACAAAAGCAGCUUGGGUGAGAAGAUAAAAUACUGGCGAGAUGUUAUCUUCUGUGGCAUGGUGGUGCCGUGCACUUUGUUUGUCACUACAAUGUUUUGGUGUGUAUACGCAAUAGACAGGGAACUGGUGUUCCCGCAGAUAUAUGACCAGGUCGUCCCCUGGUGGUUUAAUCAUUGCGUCCAUACAAAUAUUACCAUUGUAAUUCUUGUCGAGACAUUACUCCAAGCCAGAAGAAAACCUACAGACAUGAAGCUAGAACUGAUCUUAUAUGUGGUCAUUGCGAUAGUUUAUGCUAUAGUGUACUACACCAUCUACUUCACCACAAACCGUUGGUUGUACCAAGUCUUUGGAACGAUGAAUUGGUGGCAAGUGUGCUUAUAUCAACUAGCAAUAUGGGGUAUGAUGUAUAUUUUCUACAGAAUACAGUUUCCAGUAAAUAGAAUUUUCCACGGUAAAGAAGAAAAUGUUGAAAGUAACGAACAAAACGAACAAAUGGACAAAAAUGAUGAAAGCAGUAUUAAACUUAAUGAAAAUACAAAGAUUGAUGAUACAAAAGAGAACGGUAAAGUCAUUACUGAUUUGAAAACGCCACCGUUCUCAACGAAAUCUUGGAGCAUAAAAUUUAGAAGUAUUAAGAAUCAAUUCGAAAAUUCCCGAUUG